AUGAACAGACAAGCCUGCAAGGCACCUGGAGGCAGGAGCCAGGGCUUCUCUGGCCACUCGGCUGCGGUCUCUGGUGGCAGUAGGAUGAGCUGUGUGGCCCGCACUGGGGGCUCUGGUGGAGGGGCUUGUGGGUUCCAGAGUGGAGCAGGCAGCUUUGGCAGUUGCAGCCUCUAUAACCUGGGUGGCAGGAAGAGCAUCUCUAUCAGUGUGGCAGCCGGUGGCUCCCAGGCUGGUGGCUUUGGUGGAGGGCACAGCAGCUGUGGCAGUGGCUUCAGGGGUGGCUAUGGAGGUGGCUUUGCGGGUGGCUACAGAGGCAGCUUUGGCAGUAGCUUUGGUGGUAGCAGAGGAAUGGGAAGUGGGUUUGGUGGAGCUGGUGGCUUUGGAGUGGCUGGUGGCUUGGGUGGUCUUGUUGGCUUUGGUGGGCCUGGGGGCUUUGGCCCCGGCUGCUUUCUUGGGGGAAUCCAGGAAGUGACUGUCAAUCAGAGCCUCCUACAUCCCCUCCAUAUGGAGAUUGACCCCCAAAUUGGGCAAGUAAAGGCCCAGGAGCGUGAGCAGAUCAAGAGUCUCAACAAUAAGUUUGCCUCCUUCAUUGAUAAGGUGCGCUUCUUGGAGCAGCAGAACAAAGUCCUGGAGACCAAGUGGGAGCUGCUCCAGCAGCAGACCGUGGGCUCUGGUUCCAUCCCCUACAGCUUGGAGCCUCUCUUUGAAUCUCACAUCAGCUCCCUGUGCAAGCGCCUGGACUCACUUCUGGGGGAGAGAGGGAGUCUGGAGGGAGAGUUGAAGAACAUGCAGGACCUGGUGGAAGACUUCAAAAAGAAGUAUGAAGAUGAGGUCAACAAAUGCACUGUGGCAGAGAAUGAGUUUGUGGGGCUCAAGAAGGAUAUGGAUGCCACUUACAUGAGUAAAGUGGAGCUGCAGGCUAAGGUGGAGAGCCUGACAGAUGAAGUCAACUUCCCGAGGACCCUCUAUGACAUGGAGCUGUCCCAGAUGCAGAGCCAUGUCCGUGACAUGUCUGUGGUAUUGUCCAUGGACAACAACCGUGAUCUGGACCUGGACAGCAUCAUUGCUGAGGUCCGCACCCAGUAUGAGGAGAUUGCCCAGAGAAGCAAGGCUGAAGCUGAGAUGCUGUACCAGACCAAGCUCGGAGAGCUGCAGACUACGGCUGGCAGGCAUGGGGAUGACCUGCGGAGCACCAAGAGAGAGAUCCAGGAGCUCAACAGGGUGAUCCAGAGGCUGCGGGCAGAGAUUGAGAAUGUCAAGAAGCAGAAUGCCAACCUGCAGGCAGCCAUCACAGAAGCUGAGCAACGGGGGGAGAUGGCCCUCAAGGAUGCCAAUGCCAAGCUCCAAGACUUACAGGCUGCACUACAGAAAGCCAAGGAUGACCUGGCCCGGUUAUUAUGUGACUACCAGGAGCUGAUGAAUGUCAAGCUGGCCCUGGAUGUGGAAAUUGCCACCUACCGCAAGCUGCUGGAGGGCGAGGAGUGCAGGAUGUCUGGAGAGUGUCAGAAUGCUGUGAGCAUGUCUGUGGUCAACAAUGUCACCUGCACCAGCAGUAGCUCUAGAAGAAGCCGUGGAGCCUUCAAAGGGGUCAGUGGCAGCAGCAGCAGCAGCAGUGGCUCCAGAGGCAGCAGCAGCAGCAGCAGUGGCAGCAGCUACAGAGCAGGCAGCAGUGGCAGUGGCAGUGGGGGAAGGGGCAACAACAGGGGCUACCAGAGUGCCAGCAGUGGGAGCAGACUUGGCAGUGGAGGCAGCAGCUCUGUGAGCCAGAGUGGAAUAGGCUUCAGCUCUGGUGGCACCCAGAACUCUGUAGGCAGUGGCUACAAGCCUGGCAAUGGAGGCAACAUUGGUGUCCACUUCUCUCAGACAACCAGCUCCAGCCAGCAAUGCUCCAAGUGACCCUUCAGGCCCAAUUUCCAUGCCCGCCUGCUUCUAUCUGUCCCCAACUGCACUUUCCACUCUUUGCUUGGCAUCAAUGGAUGCACAUGGCUCAACUAUGCUUUCCCUCAAGUUUCCUGGUGAAGGGGUUGAACUCCUGGCUCCUCCAUCCAUAAGUCCUCUCCUAGGCCAAGGAGAUCUAGCAACUAGUCUGGGAUGAUAAUGCUCCUGAAAGAUCCCCUGCAGUGGGCCCUGACUUUGGGGGCCCAAGGACCAUCUGAGCCAUCUGGCCUGGCCCACCUCCCUCUCAUGGCUUGGAACUGCGUGGGGAGGCAGUAUGGUGGGGUCAGUGCUGGAGGGGGAAGGUCAAGAUCCCUAAGCUGUUGGUUCUCAGGGGACCCUCCCCGUAUCUAGGUAUCAUAUCCCCACUCACUUCUGUCCUUUUAAUGCCUUGAGCUGUGGAUCCUCUAGUGAUUAGUACAUUGUAUCUUUUUCCCCAAUAAAUUGCAGGUAUGUCAUA